AUGUCAUCGCCUUCCAGCUUAGAGAAGGGCAAAGGCGGGCUGCCAGAAGGCCCACCCCGCAUGCGGAUCACUGAUCCAUUCUGGCAGCCUCGCAUCAAAGGGAUUAUCAGGAACAUUUUUGCGUUCACAUUCAUCGUGAUUUUGCUGUUGGUGCUGGCCGACAUGUCAUAUCUGUCUGGUUCUGCAUUCCAUGAACGCGAUCGGAUCCAUGCACUCAAGGUCCUCGUCGUCGACAACGAUGGGGGUGAUAUAGGCCAGGCUGUCAAGGGCGCUUACUCCGGCAUGAAAUCCAACGAAUUUGUGUCUUUGGAAUGGGCCGACCCGAUCAAUAGUUACCGGAGCGAGCAAGCCGCGAGGGACGCGGUGUGCAAGGGCCAAUACUGGGGGGCAGUCUAUAUUGACUCGGGUGCUUCGAAGCGACUAAGCUCUGCCAUCAACAGCACAAGCGCUGCAAGUACUGGUGCUGCGGCGUACAAUGCCUCAAAUUCCGUCACUUAUGUGUACAACGCCGUCCGCUGGCCUACCAUCGCCAGCUUGAUCUCUGCGAAUUUGCAAGCGCUUGUCGUUGCCAGUCGAAGUGCCUAUUAUCACACCCCCGGUGGCGCCAGGGCUGUUCAACAGCUCAACAGUAGCAACUCCGCCGCAGUUGCUGCCUAUGUCAACCCAAUUUUGGCAGCCCCAGACAUUAUACAACCUACCAAUCAGGGCAGCGCCGGGUUCUUCACGACGGUCAAUAUGUUGAUCCCACAGCUCGUUGCCGUAUUUAUCAAUAUCAUCCUGAACAUGUCCAUGAUGACGGAAAACAUUUUCAGGUCUAUGCGCAAACGGGACAUCUGGCUUAUUCGAUUCGUCACUGGCAAAAUUUACGCCAUUUUCGCCGGUCUGGCCGUCGCAGGUUACAUCUGGGCCUUCAAAGAGGACUGGGAUGUCAACGCGGGGCAGUUUUUCGAGACUUGGCUGGUUUACAUUCUUUUCCUCGAUAUCAAUUGGCAAGUCUAUGACGUGCUGCUGGGCUCGUGGAUCCCUCUCGCGUGGAUCUCCCUCUUCAUAAUCACCUGGAUCUUGAUGAACCUGGCCAGUGUCGACCUUCCAAUGGAGCUCCAGGCCGGAUGGUACAGAGUGGGAUGGGCUUUUCCGGCACACAGUACCUGGCUGCUGCUAGUGCAAAUAUGGAGCGGCUGUGCAAAUCGUGAAUACCAGGCUCUCCCAAUCUUGUUCGCGUGGUGGGUCGUCGGCCAUGCUAUGACGCCAUUCAGUACGCGAAAGAGAUGCGCGGACGCUCAGAAGCCUGGUGCUAACGCAUUUGCGAGCUCUGAGGACCCUGUCGAAGUCACUGUAAUACCAGAACCCAGGACGACAGGUUUGGAAGACCCUCAGAGGCCGAGGGAAGAGAGCCAUGAGGGAAGCAUUCCCGUCCCUGAGAAUCCACGAGCUACCAGGCCCGUGUGA